CGGCAGCUCCCCGGGCCUCUGUCUGGGAGGAGCUGGGAGCGGGUGGCUGCGUGGGUACGUCCCUCUCUGGCUGUGUGAGCUGGGCCCGGUGCAGUCUGGGGGCGACCCUAAGCCACCCUACGUCACUGCCCUCUGCAGUCUGCCGUCGAGCAGCCUUGGCGCGCCUUUGCAUUGUGCCAACUGCCAACGGGCCUCCCGGGCUGUGCCGGGGGCUGGGCACAGAGAUGCUCGUUGCCUCAGACAGAGGCACGAAGAGCAAGUGACUCUCCCAAGGACACCCAGGGGGUCACUAGCAGAGCCAAGAAGUGACCCUCCAUCUCCUGCGUCCCAGCCCCAUGACCCUCCUUGCUCUGCGAACAUGUGCUCCCUAAAUCUCUUUUCCUCGGCAUCAUCAUGUGGCAGAGAGUUCCACUGGCUAACGUACAUUGUCCAGAGCAGUAAUGAAAUGAUCCAAAGCCCCUUGCUUGGCCACGUUAACGAGGCUCCCUCCCUCCCCAGGGCCCUGCUCACCCCUGUGGGCUGCGGCUGCAGGGGCUUCCCGUUCGCCUGCGGGCGUCCCGCUGCAGAGCCCGAGGCCACGCCCGCUGCAGUGCCCGGGGAAUCUCCGCUGAGGCUAGCGGUGAGGCGCCCCAGCUGGUGGGCUGCAUGUGCCAGAGUGGGGCUGAUGUUCCCUCCAGCAGGGGGCGGUGGUGGCGAGUGUGGCCCCCCCCCCCACUCUAGGGCCCUAGGGCUGCUGUCUCCCCGCCCCCGCGCCCAUCCUGUGCGUGGUCUGGGUGUUUUAUGAUCACGGUGAGUUUCGCUGCUGCUCCCCGGCCCUGCGGGAGGCUCCCAGCCCCUGGCCCGCUGCAAGGCCGGACCGCAGCCCCCUCCCCUUCGCCCCCGCAGACUUCGUGCUGGUGUGGGAGGAGAAGGUGCGGCCCCCGAAGAAGAGGAGGGGGAAGCUGGCGGCUCACGAGGCCAGAGGCGACCGGCCACGCGGGCACCACGAGCACUGGAGGAGGAAGUUCCUCAACAACCUGAGAAAUGCCGGGCUGCUGAUGGAGAAGACCCUGGCCUGGAGCCCCUGGACGCAGGCACAUGGCAGCUCUGCCCCCCUGGGGGCUCCGUGUUCAGCCCCCUCCUGCUUCCCCGCAGGAGGAGAUGCUGAGCGAGCGGAAAACCAUCCACUACCUGAAGCUGCACGUCCCCAACAAGCCCGCGGACUAUUACACCUGCGCCUUCCGCAGGUCCAAGCUGGACAAGUUCCUGGGCAGCGACUCCCGGGACUCCUACUUCAGCAACACGCAGAGACAUCGCAUCGUCUAUGAGAUCCUGGCUCGCACCAUCUACGGGAAGCGGAAACGUGCCGAGAUCGGGAUCAACCGGCUGCUGAACGAGCGGGUGUACGGCGCUGCCUUCCCGCUGCACGAGGGCCCCUUCGAGACGCCUGAGUCUGAGGUCCCCGAUGAAGCCCUGAACCCUCGCCAAGUCCUCUACCGCUUCUGGGCCCAGUGGGGCUGCUGGUACCGGUACCAGCCGCUGGAUCACAUCCGCCAGUACUUCGGGGAGAAGAUUGCCAUCUACUUCGCCUGGCUGGUACUCCAGGAAGGUCACGGCCCAGAAGGACAUGAAGACGCUGAAGAAAACCGUCCCGGGGUGAUCAAACAGGUACCCGACCUGCAGGGGCACAGAACAGAGGGGCCACACGGCCUCUUCACCAGACGCAGAAGCCCGUUCCCCCUGCACAUGCAUUGCCAUCUUCACCGCCUCCAUCUCACACCUCUAGCCUUGCUCCCUACAGCGCCUCCUGCUGGCGCGGGGGUAGCUGGACGCUCUCCUUGAACUGCUGCCCCUACGCCUUACCCACCUGGAGUUGGGACAGGCUGGCGCUAGCUCCUGGGGCUGGCACCACUGUGCCAUUUCCUACGGCGCCUCCUGCUGGGAGAUGCUGGGACUGGAGUAGCCAGGGGCUCCCCGGCAGUCAGAGCUCCCGCCCCCUCCCCUCAGCACAGCUCUGAGCAGGGGGAGCUCCAAGGCAUGGCUUUGUGGGCGUCUGUGCAGGGAAAACCCCAGAGGUGGGGAUUUCUCACUGCAUCGAGCCGGGCCCCUUGGGCAGCAGGGUUGGCUCUGCCCAGCUAGCCAGCAUGGGUGCAGGCGUGCGUGUCGGGGAUCCUUCCCUCUCCUCCCUGAGGCCAGAGGGGGGCUGUGGCUGGAUACACACCUCCCCCUGCAGGGAACGAGGCCGCCUGCCCCAAAGCACAGACACAGACCAGAGGAGUUUAAGGAGACUCUCUCUUCAGGUCUCCAGCCACUAACUGGUGCCAGUCCUGGACAUGUGAGCAGAGCCGAGUGCAGCGAUGCACCGACUCCCCCAGCGAUGGCACUGGGUUGGCAGGUGGCACCAUUCAUGGCACCUGAACCUGUAUUCCCCUCAAUAGCCCACCAAGGGCCCCCACCCUUCUCCUCCUCAGCUGUCCCCUCUCUUGGGUGGAAACCCGCGUCUCUCUCCCUGCUGCCCGGGCUAUUUCCAGGCUGUGC